GUCUGGGAAAGCGCAUGCGGAACGAAAGUGCGCGAAGAAGCAGAAAAUCCAAUAUGUAACUUAUUGUGAAAUUAAGAUUAGACAAUGUCGGACUUGGAACAGACACAAGCAAUUUAUUUAGAGGAUUAUGAUGAAGAGACAGAUGAAGAAAAUACAGAUGGAGAGAAGAAAAUAGUCUCCUUUUUAAAAGUUUUAAAGCAAGAGGGAUUUCCAGAAAAGCUUUUCCCUUUGUAUGAGGGUGAUAAUGUCAUUGGGCGCCAAGAAGAUGUAUGUAACAUUGCAAUUCCCUUAAAGGCCUUGUCUAGACAGCAUGCAUGCAUUGAAAUACGAGGAGAAAACCAUCUAAUUUAUGAUAAGGGAAGCAGGAAUAAAACCAGAAAGGGCAAGUUAUUUUUGACUCCACAAGUUCGCUAUGAGUUGAAAGAUAAGGAUAAUUUACUCUUUGGGGAUGUGAAGUGUGUUUACAUCAUUGGUGAACAUGACAAUCCAGAGGACUCUGAGACAGGAUCUGAAUCCGGAUUCCAGACAGCUCCUAUUGAUUUGUUGGAUAAUAAAAUAAAAACCUCCCGUGUAACCACUCUUGUGUACGAGUCAGAGGAAGAGGAGUAUGAGAGUGAUGGCAGUGUGGAUCUCCUACAACCUACACAGGCUUUUAUACAGAAACAAGAUGGAAACAAGAAAAGCCGAAUUAAUUUUGACUUGGACACAGAUGAAGAAAGUGACAGGAAAAGCCCAGACAUAACUGUGAAAGAAACUCCAGCCCCUAGUAGGACCAAAGGUAUAUUGAGCACUUCAGUUGUGUUACCAGAAUCUGGGUCAGAAACAGAGGAAGAAGGAAGUCCUCACUCAGGGAAAGGUGUACAGAAGAGGACUGCCAGUGAUCUGAGUUUACUACAGGCUCCUACUCAGCGCUUCUUAGCAGAGAGUGAUGCAGAAACCACUGAAGAGGAUUCGCCUAAAAAGAGUAUCCUUUGUGCUGAAACCCAAUCAUUCCUUGAGGACAAAAGAGGAAAGAGUGGUGUCCCACAGGGAAUAGUACUUGACAGUGAUCACGAAGAAAAGGAUGAGGACAUCCCUGUGGUUGAGGUGGAGGAGGAGGAGAAUGAGGAAGAAGAGGCAGACAUGAGUCACUUAUUUGCUAAUCCGACCCUGGCCAGCGACCUUCCAGAGGAUGUCAAGGACACUGAAGAGGAAGAGGAUACUGUGACAGAUGAGGGGGAUCAAGAGGCUGAGACUCAGGUUUUCACUGACCAGACAGUGGCUGUCAGCGAUGAAACGGUGGCUGUCAGUGACGCGUCAGUGGCUAUCAGUGAAGAUACAUUGGUUAAGAAUAAAAGCAGGGGAAAAGGAGGGAAGAAGUAUGGAAGAACCUCCAAAAGUACUCCAAUUGUGGAGGUAGAAUUAAAUGAGGAUGAAGAUGAGGCCACACAGAAGAUUUCUGACAUAACUGAUGGUGCAACACUUGCUGUUUGUAAUCAGGCUGAGAAUGAAGCCACUCAGGUUUUUGACAAUAAAAUGAAGGAGGCAGAGACUGUAGCCAUAGAAUGUGAGGCCACACAGGUCUUCAAUGAUAAAUCAGCUGAAGCUGAGACUGUAGCCAUAGAAUGUGAGGCCACACAAGUAUUUAACGAUAAAUCAGCUGAGACUAUGGCCAUAGAAUGUGAGGCCACGCAGGUCUUUGAUGAAAAGACUUCAGAAGCAGAAACUGUUGUGUUUGAAUGUGAGCAAGGUGAUGAGAAAAUGGCGGAAGCAGAGACAGUAGCUGUUGAAUGUGAAGCAACUCAAGUUUUUGAUGAUAACAAGGCAGCAGAGGCAGAAACUUUGGCCAUGGAUGGAGCCACCCAAGUGUUUGAUGACAAGCCAAGUGGGGAUGAAAUGGGAGACAGUGAUUCAACUCAAGUGUUGGGUGAAAAAAAUUUGGACGCUGAUGUCAUACCAGCAGAAUGUGAAGCAACACAAGUAUUUGACUAUGAUGAAUUGAAUAUUGUAAAGAGAAAAAGUGAUUCUACAGCAGAAACUGUUGCUCUAGAAUGUGAGCCUACGCAGGUAUUUGAUGAAGGAACAGACAGUGGACCUUCGACAGCUAGGUCAGACAGAAACACCGAAGUGGAGACUGAAGACCAUUCGGAGCCUAAACAGUCUACUGAGGAGGAUCAAACUGUUAAAAAGAAAGGCAGGAGCAGGGGCAAAAAAUCUACAGCAGAAUCCAAACCAAAAUCUGAAGUCACUGUGGAUUCAGAGGAAAUUCAACCAAAGAGAAGUGGCCGCAUAUCCAAAAGAAAGUCAUUAGCUGUGGAAGAAAAACCUGUGGAAAAAGCUCAGGAUACCACAACCAAGAAAGGAAGGGGCAGAAGGGGAAAGGGAGGCAAGAAUACGGCUAAUGUAACAGAGGAGUCGGGAGAGAGGGGUGAAGAGGUCACAAAGGAGGAGACUGAAUCUGACUUGACCACAGAGAAAAUGACAACAGAGGAGGGGGUAGUGGACGGCAGGGUGAAUGACACAAAAUCAGACACAGGUGUAGAGGAGAUAGCCCAGACUGUACCGUAUACAAUGAUGUGUGAUGAUGAGGACUUACAACCCACACAGGCCUAUUGUAUGGAGGAAGAUGACAGUAGUACCACACCGCCAAUCUCUGAAGUACUUGGAGUAGAAGUCAAGGAUGGAACGCCAGUUGAACCAGUUAAAAUGGUACAAGAAAUACCAGACGUUUUGCCUGUACCUAUACCCCCUUCAUCUCCACACAAGUCUGCUUUAGCCAGCCCAGGAAGAGGAUCACCCUCCCCUAAAAGAGUCCAUUUUGAAAAAAGAGAGUCAGAAGUUCAGUUAAAUGAAGCGACUGGAUCCAAACUCAAACCUGCUGAGGAGGCGGUCCCAGGAUCUAGAUCAAAAGGAAGAAACAGAAGAUCUCUCACAAAUCUCUCAAAAACAGCCGUCCCAACUCAGGGAAAAAUUAAGAAAUUAUCAUUAGAUCCAGCAUCUGAGACUGAAAUGCUAUCAUCAUCUGCAAAGGGUAGACGAGGAGCCAAAGCAAGUAAAGCAGGGAGUAAAGAAACAAAAGGAGGUGAGGAUGAACAGGUGAGAGUUAUUGAUGAGGAAGAAACUCCACCUUUAGAGGGAAUGGAAAGUGAAAGUAUUCUAACAGAGAAAGUGGAUGAAAAACCAAAUGAAGAAGAAUCUUCUCAGGGGAGAAGUGGUGGAAGAAGAGGAAAGAGAAAAUCCCAGCAAGUCAAAGGAGAAUCCCAUGCUGAGGAACCCACUUCUUCUCAGAGUGGUGAAAAGACACAGAAUGAGGGGGUGGUGAGAGAUAUGGCAAAAACAAAAGGUAGGAAAGGAAAGCGUGGCAGUAAGUCACAAGAACCAGCCUCUCAGGAAAAUGUGGAGAGUUCCAAAGACUUAUCCACUGUAGAAGGGAAUUCAGAACAGCCUGAAGAAAGCAUCAGCCAAGGUCGAGGAAAACGUAAACGUAGGACAGUAGAUAACGAGAUAGAUCAGUCAGUUUCUGAUGCAAAGGCAGCUAAAGCAGGAAAAGACCAAGGGAGGAGUGACACUGCUGAUGGGGAGAAAAAUAAAACAGAGAAACCAAUGGAUUCUGAAAUUCAUACAUCUGGAGGGAAAGAAUUAGAGGAACCUGAUGAGGAAAGGAAAACAGGUGAUUCUCCAGUCAAAAAGGAAGAGAACAAAAAAUCCAAAGGUCGUAAAAGCUUGACUAAAGCGGAAACUGAGAGCAUUCCUAAGAAAAGGAAAGGUAGAGGAGCUAAAAGUGAUAUAUCAGCAACAUCAGUGACUUCAGAAGUAGAAGAUGUGCAUGAGCUGCAUUCUAGUGAAAGUAUAGACAAAGAAAUGGAAACAGAUAAUGGUGAAAAGAUUUCUAAGCCUGGAUCAAAAAGGACAAGGAAAAAAGAAGCCUUAAGUAUCAUCAGUGAAGAAACUAGCAAUGAUACACUACCAAGCACCUCCUCUCACAACACAAGAACUAAAAAGGCAGCUAGCAAUAAUAGUGAAAAAGUGAGUGAGAGAAUAAUUGACCCAAGUGAAAACAAAACAAAAACAAAACAGAGAGGUAGGGGCAAAGAAAAAGUGGAACAGGAUAAGGACGUGGAGAUUGAAAGUGAAGUUUGUGAUGGUGAUUCUGACAAGAAAAGUAAAAGAAAAUCAGUGGUCAAACAGGUGCUUGAUGUUACUAUCGAAGAGAGCCAGGAGAGUGCGACUUCCACAGAGCCAGCGAGAGGAAGGAGGAGAAAGACUGUGACCAAACAGACAGAUAGUCAGCAGACUGACAGUCAAGGUUCACAGGACAACAGUGGCUCCAAGCGAAAGUCAAGAGGAGGUGUUCACUCAUCAAGAGAGAAAGGCAGUGGUGAAUCAGAGAGCAGGGACAGCUCAGUGUCAAGACAGAGAGAGGCUGAUACUGUGAAAUCCUCAGCUAAAAAGGGCAGCAAUAAAAAAUUGAAAAAUGACCAGGAUACGCCACCUGGUGUCUCCGACUCGGAGGUGAACAGUGACUCCCAGGAUAGCACCAAGCCAAAAACUGCGGCUAAAAGGGGGCGUGGCAGACACAGCACUGCAGAGAAAUCCAGAAUGGAGCCUCCAUCAACCCCUCAACAGGUGAAGAAAUCCACUAAAACAACAGAUUCACCAUCUGCAGCACUGAGAAGAACGUCUGUAGAUCCAAUGAAACCCAGAGUAAUGUUUACUGGAGUUACAGAUGAACAUGGCCAGAAAGUGGUAAAGGAUCUAGGAGGACACCUGGUGGAUGCUGUUCAUGAAUGUACACACCUGGUCACAGACAAGGUGAGGAGGACGGUGAAGUUUUUGUGUUGUUUGGCCAGAGGAGUCCCCAUAGUUAACCCUCUCUGGUUGGAUAGUUGUAAAUCCUCAGGAAUGUUUGUAGAUCAUGUUCCUUUCCUAAUCCGAGAUGAGGCAGCUGAGAGACAGUAUAAGUUUACUCUCCACCUCUCUCUGGAGAAGGCCAGCGAGGCUAGCCUGUUAUCAGGUUACCAGAUCCACGUCACCAAGUCUGUCAAACCCGACCCCCCCAACAUGAAAGACAUAAUUACUUGUUCUGGAGCAGAGUAUCUGACUACCCUGCCCAAGAAAGCUGGGGAAAGAGUAGUGAUCAUUUCCUGUCCCGAGGAUAAAGGAGUGUGCGAGGCAGCAGUAAAAGCUGGGGUCACCAUUGUUAACGCCGAGUUUAUCCUGACCGGAAUACUCAGACAAGAAAUUGCCAUUGAGAAUUAUAUUCUUUUCCAAGAUAAAAAACGCUCGCGUGACUCCAGUGUUGGUGGACCACCUAGUAAGAAAAGACGCUGAUCCUGGGUCAUCUAUCUCAAGUAUUCGUGUUAGAGACUCGGAAAAUGUGUGAAAAAGAUUGUGACUUGCAAAGAUCAAAUCAAGUAAACCUGUGAUAAAUUGUUUGUUUGUAACACUGAUUUUACAUUGAUAUAAUGCAGCUUAUGUUUUAGCUUUCAAGUGUUGGAAAUUGGUUGUUAACUUGUCAGUAAAGAUUUCUGAUGAAGUAGGUUUUAUUUUAUACAAUUAAUGUUUUAAUUUCUUUUAGUGAACAUAUUUUAAGAAAGAGCCAUUUAUUUUAUAACACAGAUUUCCUUCUAAAAUUUCUUUGUACACCACUACUUGUCCUUGUCACAUCUGGACAAAGUUCUAGACUCCACAAUGAUUCAAUAAUAAAUGAUUUUUGGUCUAUGAAUGUAAAUUGGCAAAAUAGCAAUAUGUUUAAUAAAAGCUGCUGCAGUAAAAGUCAGAGGUUUAAGUUAGCAGUAUAGAAACCUUGCAGAUUGUGAUUCAGCUCAAAAUAUCAAUGUUUUCAGUAUGAAUUGCAAGUAUUCUUACAUGUAUUGAAAUCUAAUUGAAUAAACAUUGAACUUAU